CCGAGCACGCAAAUAACGAGAAGAUGACGAAAAGGACUUGUAGAGUGUCGCUGGGCGAAACAGCGUGGGACAGAGAUCACGAUCGAGGCCGGGAGAGAAACCGGGAGCGCGACCGAGCGCCGCGCGAGAGGAGCCGCGAGAACGAGAGGGAAUGCCAACAGGAACGGGAGCUCGGCAUCAGGGAGAGGGAGGCGCGGGAUCGGGAGAGGGAACGGGACCGGGACAGGGACAGGCAGCGGGACAGGGAGCGGGACAGGGACGUGCCGGUGCGCGUGAUGGAGCCGCCCGAUUCCGUCUUCGUUUCCUCCUCAGCCGCCCUCCUCGCGUUGCAGAGGAUAAAGGAAGCGUCUUUUGUGUUCCACAAACGCCCGGCGCUAGCGGCCGGCAUCGGACUGGGCGGUAGAGGAAACGCCGGGGUUGGCGGCAACGGCGGUAGCUUGGGUGUCGACAGCGAGUGCGGCGACGCGUUGAAGAGACGCAAAGUUCACAGAUGCGAUGUACCCGGCUGCGACAAGGUUUACACGAAGAGCUCGCACCUCAAGGCGCACAAAAGGACCCACACCGGCGAGAAACCGUAUCAGUGCACGUGGGAGGGCUGCACGUGGAAGUUCGCACGGUCGGACGAGCUAACGCGGCACUAUCGCAAGCACACGGGCCAAAAGCCGUUCAAGUGCCAUCUCUGUCAGCGAUCGUUUUCGCGAAGCGAUCACCUGUCGCUGCACAUGAAGAGGCACUGAUGAAGAGAGGAGGAGGAGGCGGAGGAAGAGAGAGAGGGCCGUUUAACCGCUGCCGCCGCCGCGCGACGGAACGAAAGGGAGGAGCGGUCCUCGGCAAUCGGUCCUGAUCCCGAGUGAUCCUAGACGAGAGACGGACGACGAUGAUAUUUUCUUACAUUUGGGACCUGAAGAGCCGCGCCGCGAGCCGGCCCGCGCGGUCUCUCGCGCACCGGCCGGCCGGGCGGUCAGUAACUAGGGAAAAGAGAAGUAUAAUAGAUCGACGAAGUUAAUAAAGCAAUUCUCGUUCGUUAGUUUUUAGCGCUUAAUCGCGAGCCGAGCGAUCGAGUCGGCGGUCGAGCUCGAGAACGGUCUAGAGCGAUCGCACGCGCGAUUCUCUCACUGCUGUGUCUCUCUUUCGCGCGCGCGCGCGAAAGAGAGAGAGGGACUCCUUUCAACUUUCGAGUUGUCUCUCCGGUCGCAUCGCGGGCGAUGGCGCGAUGUCGUCCUGCCUGACGACAAGGACGACAAAGGCCGUGACAGGUCGGAUCGAUGAAUCCGCGAGAGAGCGUCGAAGAGGUGGUGAUUGUUCUCGCUCGGCGAUUCCGACAGGAGGCGCGCGCGCGUCGUUCGUCGCUCCGCGGCUUCCCGGCCGGGAAGAUCCGCGCUUGUUUCGCGCGGCAUCGAGAUCGUAACGCGCGCGUGUGUGUGUCGUCACACUCGCGUAAUCUUGUACUCUUCUGUUUCUAGCCAAUUUCUACCCUGUUCGAUUCUUCAGUUUCGUUCCCCUCCCCCCCCCCCCNUCAUCUUCUCCUUCUUCUUCUACUAUUUCUUCUUUCUUUUUGUACGUUUAAGUAAGUCCAGCUCAACUAGUCUAGAGCAUCAUAUAUCGAGGAUACAUCGUGAAGGAAUAGAGCCAGUAAAUGAAUUAAUCGACAUUAAGGCAAUUAUAAACGGACUAGGAUGUAAAUUAAAGAGUUAAUAUCGAACUCCGGUGACGGAGCUUGGGACUUAGCAUGCUCAGUUAAAUAAACUACAAUCGUGAUCGUAGGCACACUAUCGUGAAGCAUAUAUAUUAUAUAUAUAUAGCGAUCUUUCGAUUAUGCACAAAGAAUUUCGCGUUUAGGGACGGACAAUCAUCGACCUUUCGUUAACGUGCUGAUGGAGCGGCGGGGGAGGGGGGUUUGUUAUUGAACACACGUUUUCUUUCUUCGACAUCCCGAGAGCCAGUAUUACCAGUGCAAGUAUAAAGAAGCAAUACGUCAUCGGCGAGACGUCAUCGUGCGACGUUGCGACCCACGAGUCGUGUACGGGCUCGUCGCUCAUCGAAAUCCCCCGGGUUAGUCGCGAAGGUCGCGCGCUUUCCCUUUCUCUCGAUCGCGAGUCCGACUUCGCAUCGUCGACUUUUGAUCCCACGUGUAAAGGUGCCAAAGUAGAAGGUGCAAUCGCGACGAUGUCGUUCAAUACUUCGCCUCGCUUUUACGGGAAAGCGAGCGCAUAAUCGAGCUGAUAAAUUAUUAUCCCUUCUUCUAUCGCGCGCCUUGAGAUUUUCGAUCCCGAACGAAUCGUGUCGUGUCCGACGCGACGACGACAACGACGGUGACGACGGUGCUACCACGCAGCGUCCUACGUAUCGGGGUAACCUGGAGGGAGGCUACUCGACACGGGAUCAACGUAAGAAUCCACGGGGGACGAGGUAAUAUACACGCUCAAACGUCUCCCGUUCUCGGGGGAACGAUUCGCUCCGUUGGUCUCUUCGUUCUUCGCGAUUUCCCGAUUAGAAGCACCCGAUUCGUAAUCCCCCCUCAGGACGCCUUUGACACGUCGGACCGGCCGAUUUCGGGAUUGCCGAUAUGAGAGCGUGAUUCUCAUAUUUAUUGAUUCUCAUUAGCAACGCGUUAAUUAGAUUAACGUACGCGAGCGGCUCACUUCCGACGAGAUUUCCUUCUUCCUCCAUUUAUAUCUUAGCUGAAGAUUUGCUCCGGAGAAGGAAGGAAAGCGAUGCCAGAAUUGAUCGGUCGUACGUCGAACGUACGUCUGCGCGCUUUGUUGUGAGCAACGCGUGCGUGUGACAAAUUUAUCAAUUUUAAGAUAAUUAGCGAAGAUAUUCUAAACAUCGAACUCGCCGAGACCGCGCGUGUGUGUGUAUGUGUGUGCAAUGUUGUGUGUGUAAUGUCAUCGGUCGACAGGUGUUGGGCGCGGGAUACGAAAAUCUCAAUGCGACUUAUCUCGCUUGGUAUCGCAAAAGAGAAAGAGUGGAAUAUACACGCGCACACACACACACACACACACACAUACACAUCGUGUAUGUAUAAUCUCUAAAAAAACUUUUGAAACACGCAUCACAAACACACAUAAAUACACACACAUACUCGUACAGCCAUCCUCUCCCCCCGCGAGAGAGUGGAUGACAGACGCAGCGUUAGCCUGUCUCUUCGAGGCGUGUUUUCGCCGCUGCAUAAAGCCACGACUAAAGCUAAUAGUUUGGACACUUUAACCGAAGCUAGUUGAAAACGAACGGAACAAGAUGCCAGUAUAUGCUAGAGCCAGUUUAUAUCAUUAAAGAGAAACCUCUCUCUUUCUAUGCGCGUAUGAUUAAUAAUAAUGCGAGGGUUGAUAAAUUAACAUUUGUUACGUGUUGUAUCUCGGAAUAGGGAAUAGUGCCUUCUAAUGUUAAGGAAAGAGAGGAGACGCGUUAUAGGCCUUAAGUAAUACUGUUAGUGCCUUAAGUCACGCGAAUCUUCGUGCUUGUACACACACAUCUCUCUCAUAAUCCGAUCCUUCGAAUCCUCGCCCGGAGGACCAGUUCGGCGCGCUUCGCAUGGUAUCUUCCUUCGCAGAAGUUACAAGUCGGACGUCGCGUCGGCACAAUGUUUCCGCUAAACGUGCGCGCGAAGCUUCAAUAAUAAGAGGGAGGGAGAAAGAGGAGAGACGGAUGGACAGAGGAAGGAAGAAUGAGAGACAGUUCGGGAACAAUACAUCGCGCGCUCGAGAGACCUCGCUCUUUUUCUCUCUCUCUCUCUCUCUCUCUCUCUCUCGUAGCGAAAGGACGAUUUACGAAAAUGCACAUGUUGCGGCGUUUCUAAUUCUCAUCUCCACUCGAACGGUACUCGAGCGAAUUGCAUCGACCGAUACCGUGAGGUGUCGACAUAUCCCCGUUUUUGGUACAAAACAUACGGUUUCCUCUUCCUCGGAACAAACGCAAGAAUUCGUCGAUUUACACGCUCGAGGCGUUGGCGGGAUCGUCCGAAAAAUCUAUAUCGACGCGCAUCAAGCAUGAAGCACAUAGUUGAUAUGUGCCUGUCAUCGUCAUCGUCUUGUCGUUUACACCCGUUUCACCCAAGUCCGCAUCAAUAGUUGUCACGUAAAACUCGCUUCGUAUGAGACACUCGAAUUUGAAUUCUUCCAUGUUAGACCUGAGUAUUUCAGUUGAAUCGUAUGACCUAUAUUUGACCUCGUAUCUGUCUAUUUAAAUACCAUUCAAUUGAGAAAUUCGGAUCUAUAAUUCUGAAUUGAAAUCUGAGUAUCUCAGAUUCUUGAGGCGGGUUUCAAGUAACGGCUAUUAUCGCAGAACUUAGACGGUCAUUUCGCACAAAAGUCGAGUGUCGUUCACGUGUUAAUUCACAUUUCGUUCUAUCGGAAUACUCAAAUCCCUCUCGAGAAAUGUUCAGAAGCGUUAAUAACGGAACACCUCGAGCAUUAGGCUGUUGAGGAUUUGGACGGUCGAGGCUUUGUUCUUCGUAAUCUCUCGGCGAGAUUACCGCUCAAUAUUGAAGUUAUCUAAUUCGACUAUGAAUUUUACGAUCGAUAGCGUAAGCGUGCACGACACAAGAAUUUACAAUUGUGCGUGUCGUAAUAUAUAAAUUUAUAUUUAAUUCGUCCUCCCCCCCCCCCUCUGUAUAGGCUAAAUUUCUAAUUUCUAAUUCAUAUGUAAUAUGUAGAACUAAAGAAGCACGCUGCGUCGAGAGCAUGCUGUCAAUAAAACGAAAUGAGUAUGUGAUAGUGACGAAUUUAUACGCGAUUCUGCACGCGAACCGCCGUCGUUUUCAUCGUCGAGCGUUUUCCCCUUUCUCGGAAAACCCUUCUCGUCUGCGCCGCGACGAACGUCUUUCAAGAUUUAGAGAGAACUCCCGCGCUUUCGGCGAAUAUUAGCGGUUACAGAGCUAUUGUAUAUAAAAAUAUCACUUAUACACUAUACAUUUAACGCGGUAGAAAAGAAAAAGAGAGGCGGGG